AUUAUACCAAACUAAAAGAAAUAUUUAAAAGAAAUAUUUUUGAGCACGUAAAAGGGUUACAACAGUCUCAACAGAGCUGUAAUAUAGAGUGCGGUUUACUUAGCGCUACAAACGCCUCAAAACGCUUGCUAUCCUUUUUUACUUGAAAGACGAAAAAGGAUGGAGUAUUUCGAAGCAGUCGCAGGGCUACGCGACGCAGCCGUGGCUAGAUGCAACCUGCAGCGCGCCAAUCAGAGGGCAAGGAGUGACCGCGCGUUCCUAUUGGUGGCGACGUGCUACUCGCGUAGCGUAUAAAAGGACAGCGCCAUUCGAGGGCCGCCACAACUCUCUUGCUUCUCGUACAGUGAGUGUCUCCGUGUUAAUCGAGCGAAGAUGUCUGGACGCGGCAAAGGCGGCAAAGUUAAGGGAAAGGCGAAGUCUCGCUCUAACCGGGCGGGAUUGCAGUUCCCCGUGGGCAGGAUUCACCGAUUGCUGAGGAAGGGAAACUACGCCGAGCGAGUCGGCGCUGGUGCUCCGGUUUAUCUGGCCGCGGUCAUGGAAUACCUCGCCGCUGAGGUAUUGGAAUUGGCUGGCAACGCGGCCCGCGACAACAAGAAGACCAGGAUCAUCCCCCGUCACUUGCAACUUGCGAUCAGAAACGACGAGGAAUUGAACAAAUUGCUGUCUGGCGUGACUAUUGCCCAGGGUGGUGUCCUGCCGAACAUCCAAGCCGUGCUACUGCCGAAGAAGACCGAGAAGAAGGCAUAAUCGCAUAACUCGAAUCCUACUACAAAUGGCCCUUUUUAGGGCCACA